GCUGGCGUAGUUGUUUCAGCGCGGCUUCUCUCGGCUUUUCCCUGGGCCGCGGGCGCUGGCCGCUGGGCGGGGGCUGCGGGCUGCGGACGGCGCCCCCCCGGGAGGGGGCUGGCGCUGGGCAUGGUUGGAGGCGCAGCCUCCCCGCUCCUGCGCACUCUCCACGGGUUCGAGGGCGGCCAGGGUUUUUCCUUCCGCCACUGUCCCCCGGGUCUCGUCGUCGUUGCCCCUGCCUGUGCUUGAGGCCCACCUCACCGCUCAGGAUGGGUGUGGGUCUGAGGGAGUUUUGAAAGAUUCUCUUGAAAGUCGGACGUUUACAGCCACCUCGCGUCCGCACCGGACAGUAACCUGCACCUCCAAACACGCUGUGGCAAAUCCAGUCCUGACUUCAGCUGUGAUGUAACUUGGGAGAAGGGAAGUCCACCUAAGUGGAUUUAACCCUUUUCUGCUCAGACCUCAAAAAAACCCUAGGAUACGUUUUCUGAAAGUGCUGUUGUAGGGUGAGAGAGAAAUAUUUGGGAUCUGAAGCUGCUGUCCUAAAGCCUCAGCUCAUUGCAGUGUUGAGAAGGAUCAGUAUCAGACCAUGGCCUAUGUAAUACAUCGUUUUGAUUAGAGAACACUGGAUAUUGUGGGUUCAGCUGUCUGUACACCUCCCCAUUUUCCUAAAAUCUGACCAUAUUUCCUCAUCACUGGGCUGUUUUCCUGAUAUAUAACCAUGCAGCGAAGAUCAAGAGGGUCUAAUAUGGGGCUCAUUUUGCUCCUUUCUCAAAUCUUCCAAGUUGGGAUCAACAAUAUUCCACCUGUCACUCUAGCAACUUUGGUUCUCAACAUCUGGUUCUUCUUGAAUCCUAUGAAGCCACUGUAUAAUUCCUGCCUUAGCGUGGAGAAGUGUUACCAGCAAAAAGACUGGCAACGUUUACUGCUUUCUCCCUUCCACCAUGCUGAUGAUUGGCAUUUGUAUUUCAAUAUGGCGUCCAUGCUCUGGAAAGGAGUAAAACUGGAGAGAAGACUGGGAAGUAGAUGGUUUGCCUAUAUCAUCACUACCUUCUCUCUACUCACUGGGGUGGUAUAUUUGCUCUUGCAAUUUGCUUCUGCUGAAUUUAUGGAUGAGCCUGACUACAGAAGAAGCUGUGCUGUGGGUUUCUCAGGAGUUUUGUUUGCCUUAAAAGUUCUUAACAAUCAUUAUUGCCCUGGAGGCUUUGUGAACAUUUUGGGCUUUCCUGUACCCAACAGAUUUGCUUGUUGGGCAGAACUUGUGGCUAUUCAUUUCUUCUCACCAGGGACUUCCUUCGCAGGGCAUCUGGCUGGGAUUCUUGUUGGACUAAUGUACACUCAGGGGCCUCUGAAGAAAAUUAUGGAAACAUGUGCAGGCAUUUUCUCCCCUAAUCAAUAUUACCCAGGACAACAGUACUACUUUAAUAGUUCAGGGCAUUCUGGAUAUCAGAAUCAUUAUGCCUAUGGCAGGCCGGGGUACAGUGAAGUGCCUAGGAACUACGAUGUAUACACAGCAGGACUGAGUGAAGAGGAGCAGCUGGAGAGGGCAUUACGAGCCAGCCUCUGGGACCGAGGAAACACCAGAAAUAGCCCACCGUCCUACGGGUUUCGCCUCUCACCAGAGGAAAUGAGGAGACAACGGCUUCACAGAUUCGAUGGCCAGUGAGGUGGCACAGCAUCUUGGGAAGACAUGAUCCAGUUGUGUUGCUGCUGCUCUUUUGGUUCACCACCCAACCCCCUAAUUAGCUUUAAACAAAAACAGUACACCAUCACGGUCCCAGCUUGCUCAUGUCUGCCAUGGAACAUCACCCCAUGGCCCCUGCGAGUCCAGAUUGCCUUUUCUGAAAACUGGGCUUGUCCAAGGCAGCCUCAGCUUCUGGGAGUGGUCCUUCUGACCCUAUUCUCUGCCCAAACAGAAGGUCACUUCCUCAACCUCGGGACCAGUUUCCACAUUCCUCUCUCACUCCUGACUCAGUGGUGCCUCUGCCUUGUUAGCUUUUAAAGACUGACUUUCAGCUGAAGUUUUGUUUUCAUGAGAUGGGAAGAUCAGUCCCUCGUUCUGCCUGGAGUGCUUGUGCUGACUUGGCAGGAGACGAAGGUUCCUUGUCCUCCUGCCACAUUGCCGUGGGACUGCCCAGGAGGAAGAUGUGGCUACCUUCCCAGUAUGCUGUUCUCUCUCCCAGGCACCUCAGCUCAGGCCGCCAUGUCUGGGUGCGGGUCACAGUGUUGCUCUGUCUGUAGACUUUUACUGAAGAAGCAUAAGGACCCAAGAUGGAGAAAACACCUGCACACUCCGUUAGGUAUCAGGUGGCACCUACAGUCUGAGUUAACAGCCACCCCUCCAGUGGCAAUAGGUGGACCCAGGAGAUGGGCCUGUCACAUAUCUCAUCAGCAAAGCAGCAGCAGCCACCUACAGAGUAGAGUGAAGUCAUUCAGUGGAGCCAUCACUAGCAGUCCUUCUUAUAGGAAGUAUUUUUUUUCCUUCAUGAAAGUGCCUCUUCAUUGUCCAUUGUAACUACUGAUUUGUCCUGGACAAGUGUCCCAAACAUGCCACAGGGCCCUGCAGUGUUUGACACAGAUUGUCUAUCCAAGUCAUUAAAGGCAUUUCCUGGUGCUGAUGUUUCAUGAAUAAAAAAGGACAAAGCCAAAACAUCAUUAAUGUUGAAUUGUCAUGGAGCUAUUUAUUUUUAAAGAGAUUUUGAAGCAGUUAAAAUCUUCCUAUUUUGACUUAUCUGUCAUUUAUAAUAGUUUUCUGAUUAUGAAAAUAAUGAAUAUGCCUUUUACAUGCACAAAGCAAACAUCUAGAAGGAAAUAUACUAAGUGUUAACAGGUUAUCUUUGGGGGUGGAGUACAUGGGAUUUUGCCUGCUUUUUACAAUUUUAUAUUGCUAUUUUUAAAAAGAGUGGGUGGGGUAUUGUAAUAAGGAAAACUGGUUUAUAUAAUAAAUCAAGAAAUAUAUAACCAAUAAAACAGAUAUAAAAAUAAGUACUAUGUGUCCAUUGAGAAAAUUUACAAGAUAAAACAGUAAUACAAAUAAAUAAAUAAAUAUAUAUAUACACACACACACACACACACACACACACACAAUUUUAAAAUCACCUAUACCACCAUUUAGAGAUACCCAGGGUUAAUAUUUUGGGAUUGCCUUCUCAAUUUUUGUAAUUUUGCAGCACACUGGUUAUUCCU